CGACUACCCGGCCGGGGCUAGGAAGACAGAAGAAGCAACGGGCUAUGGCGGCGGGUCGGAGAGGACGCGGGGGCGCCCGAUUCCUACCCAAACUCUGGAGAAGCGGAGCAGAGGAGGCUGGCGUGACUUUUGUCCAUCUAGCCCCCGUCUCCUCUUAACGGUCUCGGAGAACCAGACCCUGUAUGGGAGAGACAUCAGCAAACUCUUUUGAAUUUGGAAAGCAACUAAGAUGUUGAGGGGUCUGGAACAAUGUUAUCAAGGACAAGUUUGAGAGAAGUGGACUAAAUAGAACACUUAAUUUUAAGCAAAACUGUAUAACUUUGGAUCAUCAAGGCCACUUGCUGUGAAAUGCAUCCAUAAAUAGCUAAAUGAGUUGGCCUGAUAGGAUUACUUAAUUAUUGAGACCAUAACAAAUAAAAACUGUAAUAAGGAGGGGAAAGAUGAACAAAGGACUCAGACCCAAAUGGAGCCUAAAUAACAAUAACUACACUUAUUAAUCAUAAAGAUAAAACAAAACGGUCAGAUAAGACUUUGCAAGCUAUUCAGCGAGUGGGACAAGCAGUCAACUUGGCAGUUGGAAGAUUUGUUACAGUAGGGGAAGCUAUAGCCAAUGAAAAUUGGGAUUUGAAAGAAGAAAUAAAUAUUGCUUGCAUGGAAGCAAAACAAGCAGGAGAAACAAUUGCAGAACUUACAGAUGUGACCAGCUUGAAUAAUGCAGAAUCUGAUGAACAAAUAACAAUUUUUACAGACAAAACAGGAGUUAUAAAAGCUGCAAGAUUACUUCUUUCUUCUGUGACAAAAGUGCUGUUACUGGCAGACCAAAUAGUUAUUAAACAGAUAAUAACUUCCAGAAACAAGGUCCUUGCAACUAUGGAACAACUAGAAAAUGUGAAGAGUUUUCAGGAGUUUGUGCAGAUAUUCAGUCAGUUUGGAAAUGAAAUGGUAGAAUUUGCACACCUAACUGGAGACAGACAAAAUGAUUUGAAGGAUGAAAAGAAAAAGGCAGAAAUGGCAGCAGCUCGGGCAGUUCUUGAGAAGUGUACUAUGAUGCUUCUCACAGCUUCAAAGACAUGUCUUAGGCAUCCUAAUUGUGAAUCAGCUCGUAAAAAUAAAGGAGGAGUAUUUCACCGAAUGAAACUGGCUUUGGAGCAAGUAAUUGAAAUCGUAACAGACUGCAGACCAAAUGGAGAGAAUGAAAUAUCAUCUGUCAGUAUAUAUAAUGGCAUAAAAGAAUUUAAGAUGAACAUUGAAGCUCUUCGAGAGAAUCUUUAUUUUCAGUCUAAGGAAAAUCUUUCAACAAUGUUGAAACUUAUCUUGGAACAUACAGAGGAUUUUACUGAUUCUGCCUACACCAGCCAUGAGCACAGAGAACACAUUUUGGAGCUAUCGAACCAAAUGAAAAUUGAAUUGCAGCACCUGAUUUCAGUAUGGAUGCAAGCACAAAGCAAGAAAACAAAGAAUAUCAUGGAAGAUCUGGAACUAGCUAUAUUAAAAAUAAUCCAGAGCACAAAUGAAUUUAAAAGAGAGCUCCACAGUGCAGCAGCAUUGCUUGCAAAAGAUCUUCUAAAGCACCACACAGAUCAUGCAGUUUUGAAAGCAUUAAAAAUUACUGGAGCAGAAGGAAACUUAGAAGCUUUGGCAGAAUACACCUGUAAGCUAUCUGAACAGAAAGAACAACUUAUUGAGAGUUGUCGAUUAUUGAGACAUAUAUCAGGGACAGAACCCCUUGAAAUUACUUGUAUGCAUGCAGAGGAGACAUUUCAGGUUACUGGUCAACAGAUAAUUUCAGCUGCUGAAACUUUGACAUUACAUCCAUCUAGCAAGAUUGCUAAAGAAAAUCUAGAUGUGUUUUGUGAAGCUUGGGAAUCUCAGAUCAGUGAUAUGUCAACAUUACUAAGAGAAAUAAAUGAUGUAUUUGAAGGAAAACGAGGAGAGAAGCGUGCCUAUCUUUCCCUUUCAAAGCCAGUGAAGAAUAACGCAAACUUGAAGUCAUUAAAGCCAACCAAGCUUGAUUCUGAGGAACAAGCAAAGAUAGCAAAACUUGGACUUAAGCUUCGUUUACUUACAUCAGAUGUAGACUGCGAAAUUGAAAAAUGGAAGAACCAGGAGAAUGAAAUUGUUCGACAUGGGCAGAACAUGUCCAGUAUGGCCUAUUCCAUAUACUUAUUUACUAGGGGGGAAGGGCUGUUGAAGAGUACUCAAGAUUUAAUUUAUCAAGUAGAGGUUUUUGCUACAGAGGGCUUAAAACUUUCUUCAGUUCUCCAGGCUUUCUCAAAACAGCUGAAAGAUGAUGACAAGCUUUUGCUUCUACUGGAAAUAAACAAGCUGAUUCCUCUGUGUCAGCAGCUUCAACUCACAGCCAAGGCCCCCAUUCAAAAUAAAAUAUUUACAAAGGUUGACAAAUGUAUUCUAAAAACAAGAUUUGUCAUGGCUACAUUGACCCAACUUCUCCCAGUUUGCUAUAAACUGAUGCACAAGUGCAAAUCAGAAAAUGAUUGUAUAAAUUCUCUUCAACCCUGGAUGGAAAGCAGAUGGCAAACAGUUACAACUAAAGACAGUAUGGAUGAAAAAACUGUAGAAGCUUUCGGGGUUAGAUCUCUAGAACAUAACAUAGCAAACCUGACAUUUUUAGAGAGCAAAUAAUCCUCAAAUUCUUCAGUGCUAUGAGAAAAUUAAUUAGGCGCUUUCUACUUGUUUGGGUUUUUUUUUUCUUCCCAUAAAGAUUUCAGAUUAUCAAACUUGUGGUAAUUCUUAGCAUCUAAUAAAUGUCAUGGUAGUUUUCAAAACUUUAACUGCAGUGUGAUUUUGUAAUGGGCAUGCAUAUCACUGCUAAUGUUUAUUUAAGAAUCAAAACCAUUUAUUCAGAAUGUCUUAAUGUUCAAUCCAAAGAAACAGCUCUGAAGAUGAUCUUACCUCUGACAUACUACUUGAUGUUCUGCUUACGUUUGCAGUUUUUAGUACCAUACAUAAAUGUUUUUGCAACAGUUUCAUUUCUGGGAAACUCCUUACUGCUUUGCAAUACCUUAAAUCUCUAGAAAUCAUUUAUUUUGGAAUAUGCCUAUGUUAUUAUUAAAUCAUUGUUUACGGGUAUCACUUAAUGGAAUAAAUGUGUUCCAACUGAA